UAGCUACAGCAACCGAGAUUGGUUCGUGUUUAUGGAGUCACUAGCCACUUAGUCUCGUUCUGUGCGCAAUACGUCACAUGGGGCAUUCUGCCUAUAAGAUAGCGCAACCACCUACAAUUUGUUGACGACCAUCCCCCUUUCGCCUUACCUCGACCUGAUCAUUGACCUCAUACAAGGAUGGGUUCUAUCGCUCGUUUUGCUUCGGCCGUUUUGGCCACCUCGACAUUUCUCGGCGCAGCCUCAGCUGCCGUCUUGGACAUGCCAAUAUACGUUCAGGAUGGCUAUAAAAUGGUCAAGGUCGGCGUCGGAAAGCCCGAGCAGGACUUCCUCCUUCGCUUCGACACCGGAAGUGCCUCAACUUGGAUGAUCGACAGCGAGUGCGCCACAGAGUGCCCUCAUUCCAGAAAGGGCCGAGUCGGAUAUAACUUCACCGCAUCUUCUACUGGCAAAUACACAGGAGAGUCCGCUUCCAUUGACUAUCUCGGAGGAAAGGUCGUUGGUCCGACCGUGGAGGAGCGCUUUGAGGCACAUGGCUUAACUUGGCAAUCCAAGUUUAUCGCAGCCAACGAGAGCGACUGGUCUUCGCUGGCCGCUGCCGGCUUCAUGGGUAUGGCCUUUGGCAGCAUCGCUGAUGGCGGCGCUACACCAGUUUUCGAGACUCUUAUGGCGGAGAAGAAGAUGGACGAACCUCGAUUCGGCCUUUACUAUUCGAGAGAAGACGGCGAUGAUACCCACGGCAAGGCAGGAAAGGGUGUCCUCACCCUCGGAGGUUCAAAGGAGAAGGAAUACAUCAAGGGCGACUUGAUCGAGAUUCCUAUCAACACCAACUCCAACGACUACGACGUCUGGCGAUCCGUUCUUCACAGCACUACCGCCUCACGAAAGGGAAAGAACUGCUCUGCGAAGAAGACCAAGGUUGACCUCGAUGUUUCCGUUGUCUUUGAUACUGGAGCCUCGGGUAUCACUGUUCCGGAGUCCAAGAUCGAGGAGAUUUACGAAUCCAUCGGCAUGAACUGGACGGCGAUUCUCAAGGGCGAGCACAUUCCUCUUUGUAGCGAGUUCACCAAGGACUGGUCUAUUGCCUUCGAGGUUGGCUACUACGGAGACAGCAAGUUCCUCAACAUCACUGGCGAUCAACUGGCUCUUCCUGGCUUUGCCAACAGGGACGAUGCUUGCUGGCCGCCAAUGGAUUCUGGCGCUGAGGGAUUUGCCUUGAUUGGCCCUCGCUUCCUGAAGAACUUUUACACCAUCUGGGACUACGGUGUGUUCCCCAAGGAGGCUGGCUUCAUCAGCCCCACCCUAUCUUUCGGUUACUUGAAGGACGGCAAAUAGGUCAAUAACUUCUUAUGCUAAUUUAGUUGGGAAAUGAACUUCUGAAUGACUCUUUCUACGUCGUCUUGCUCUUGCUACGUGGAACUCUCUGCUAUCCAUUGCCACCUCUCCCUUGUGACAUGAAGAUGCAAUAGAUGCGUCUAUUAUCUCCUAUGAUGGCGCUCCAGAAUUUCUGUACACGUGAUCCAUUACCUAGCGAUCAAAUUUGCUAGAAAUCAACCGCAGUUGCAGUAGUAAGAGUCCCCUAUAGUUUCAUUAGCUUGGUCUGGCUAGCUUCAUCAUGGGGCUUUUGGAUACAUACCUGGCUGUGAGCAAGCUUCCAGUGCCGCUGACUCUGCUCCACCCAUGAUCAAGAGAUGCUCGAUACAGUCAUCACAGUUGUUGAUUGCCAUGCAAUCUCUCUGACACUCUUGUUGAGCCCGCGUUGUGCAACCAGUAGUGCAUUGCCCAGGUGGCUGGUUAAAGCACUCGAGAGUGCAUAGAGAUUGUUUCUCGGCCGCACAGUCCGUGUAUGUUCCUCCUAGACAGUUGGGGUUCGACCCAACUUCCCGAGGGGCAUUACAUCCGUAAACCAGGGAAAUAAGAGCACAAAGAAUGAGAGAGAACUGCAAACGUUAAUGCUGAGCAUGAAAGCUUCUGACAACGUACCUUCAUAUUGAGUGGGCUGUCGGUGGCCUGUUAAGCUUAGAUGAGGAGUACUGGCUGGUUUUCGGUCUGUUGAAGUCUCACUUAGGAGACAGAUUCACGGAGGACGUCCGGCUUUUAUUCUUGAAGUAGAAGAGCCAUAUGUAUCUGCUUAGACAUUCAAUGACAUCAUUUAUUUCAUCCUCAACAAGCUGAGAUGGGGUUGUGGAUCCAGAUAUGCGAAGGAUCACUGGGGAUCGACAAGCUGAGACAUAUUUACCCAAUUCUGCUUUCCUGACUGGUCAAUUCGCGAGAUCUGCAAAUCCUUCUUAAGCAUAAGGAUCACAAAGGAUCUGAUAACGAGU